UUUAAAACUUGCCCUAUGUCACUCAGUAAGUGAAACUCAUACUUGUUUACCACGAUGUCUUCCAAGACAGCAUCCUGUUAACUGUCUCACGGAUGAAGCGAACAGUAAGUCACGGUGAUCAGCAGUGACUGAAUAACUAGACAUAAUCAUAAAAGCUCACUUUCAAAACUUCAUGGUGUCCUGUAUGUGCUUAGCAAAUACUGUUAAAAUGAGGUAUUGACCAAUAAAAUGUCAGGAAAGUUAGUAUAAAUUGGCCGAGAGUGCGAGGGCAACUUCAAAACUUGAUUUGACACUAGUCACCAUUAUCAGACGCUCAGUCAAUCCUCAGCAAAAUGAGGGGUUUCAUUUUUGCUUUAUUUCUCUUCUCUGUCCUGCUCGCCAUCGCGGAAGUGAGGAGCGAAAAACACAAGAAGCUCUGUGGGCUGGAGUACAUCCGAACAGUCAUCUACAUCUGUGCCACCUCCAGGUGGCGAAGGCAGCUGGGGGGCCUCCCCCAAGUCCAGCAAGUUGAGAGAGGAAACCACUUCCAGCUGCCCAAUGAGCAUGAGAUUUCUGAAGAAAGCCCAGCACAAAACCUUCCAAAGAUGGAUUCUUCUGGGGAGGAAAUUCUCCAGAGUGAACAGCUGCCCACGGAAGGGCUUUGGAGGUCAAAGAAGCAUUCGGUGAUGUCAAGACAAGACUUACAGACAUCGUGCUGCACUGAGGGCUGUUCCAUGUCUGACUUGAGUACUCUUUGUUAGGACAAGAGCCAAUCCCCAGGGGUGGCAGAGCUUUAAUUUAGCACAUGCUGAAUCACAGUGUUUUCUUCCCAGGACAAUGUUGUGCCUUUAAAGUCAUGGCUUUUGGGGUAGGCAGUCCUUCGUUCCUGAAUGUUGUGGGUGAAUGGCUAAAACCACAACGAAGUCUAUUUUCUCCCUUUGCCAAGGUGCAUGCACUGUUCUUUUCAAAUUUUAACUAAUCCUUUGAAAUUUCAAAUGCUGUGCAGAGUUGCAAUAAAAAAAUGCCAUAAACCAA